CUCUGAUUCUUAAGCAGCAACGCAAACGGGAGUUCACUCACUGCCUCACCCAACCCCUUUAGCUGUGAGGCACCGUGGCCUGUGUCGCGUCGGCGAGAUCCCCAUCCGCUCUGGGCUCUCAGUUUGCCGGCGUCGGUGGUGGGGGGGAGUUUGGCAUCGCAUCGCGCCACCGUUGAGCCACAAGGCGGAGGCUGUGGGAUCUCCAGGGUCGAGGUUGGUUCGUCGUCUGCGUUAAGCAUCCUACUUGCUGAGCUGCUGGUAUGGAGAGGCCCAAACUGGAGCUGGUGCAUGGAGUCGCCAUGCUGGACUUCAUAGCGAGGGACUGGAGCCUGGUGGAGUCGUUUAAAGCCAGGCCCGGAGACCUCCUGAUAGCAACUUACCCCAAAGCGGGUACGACGUGGAUCCAGGAGAUCGUGGAUCUGAUUCAGAGUGGAGUAGACGUGGAACACUGCAAACGUGGCCCCGUGUACGAAAGGAUCGUCUUCAUGGAGUGGACGGGCGCAAAUUACAUGACGUCUCGCAAAGGAGUGGAGGUGCUGAAUGAUUUGCCAUCUCCUCGCACGAUUAAGACUCACCUGCCCUACCAGCUGGUGCCUCCCUCGUUUUGGGAAAACGAUUGCAAGGUGAUCUACAUCGCACGUAAUGCCAAGGACAACGCUGUAUCCAACUUCCACUUUGAACGAAUGAACAAGUUGCGGCCGGAGCCCGGCACCUGGGAGGAAUACCUGCAUCGGUUCAUGACCGGCAAUGUGUGCUUCGGCUCGUGGCAUGAUCAUGUGACCGGGUGGUGGAACGUGAGGAAGCGGCACCGAAUUCUCUACCUAUUCUUCGAGGACAUGAAGGAAGACCCCAUGCGUGAGGUGUCCCGCAUCGCCGAUUUCCUGGAGCGGCCACUGUCCGAACAGCAGCUGCAUGAGGUGGUGAAGCUCACCUCCUUCCCCGUGAUGUGUGACAACCCCAUGACGAACUACAGCACCGUGCCCACCGACUUCAUGGACCACUCCGUGUCGCCCUUCAUGCGCAAGGGGGAGGUGGGUGACUGGAGGAAUCACUUCUCUGCUGCUCAGCUGGAGGCCUUUGAGCAGCACUACAAAGAUAAAAUGGCCGCCACUGACCUGCGCCUGAGGGACAGCCUGCCCUGAAGGCCCACAUAUCUCUCUCUCUGCUCCUGAAUGUAUCCACUGACUGAUUUGGGUUAAAGUUAUUAUAUAAUAAUACUAAUUUCACGUAAUAUAUAGCGUAAUUCAUGCUGAUUGCAUCCCACAACGCUGUACAAUAAUGAUGUCCACAAUGGCAUUUAGAGCUGAAUCCAAUUUUAAACAAUUAUUAAGUGAAGGAAAACCUCCAGGUAAUAAAAAAGUAGGGUUAUCACUCUCUGAGUUACCAAAAAAAUCGAGACAUAUCAUAGGGAAAAAGAAGGUAAUCUCACAAUUCCAGAAGAGGUGAGACAUUCACGUAAAUAUCUUUGAUUGAAGGCACAAUAUAAGUGAUAUGCAAUUGACUCGAAAGUACAGUAUCGAUUAUCCGGCGCGCGAUUAUCCAGUUUCCAACACUAUCUGGCGGUCUGGGGCCAAUACGGUGAAACCGGUAAAACUGCUCCAAAGGCUGUCCCAGUCCAGCGAUCGUCAAACACAUGUAUGUUGUUGAAACAAGAGCAUAGUUCUACGUACAUCUCCCCAUGCAGUCUUCGAGAUUGGAGUGGUAAGGUACAGUAAAUACACUAACUUUUACAUGCAAAAUAACUAAAAUCAGUAUGUCAUGCAAUAAUGUGCAUAAAUUAGCUAUUUUAUAUCAUGAUGUGAUUAUCCAGCGUAUGGAAAAUCCGGCGCCAGCUUCCACCAAAAGCUGCCGAAUACUGUAAUUGGUGAUGUACUGUAUGUGACUUUGAACCUCCCCGGGGAAGAGUUACGGAUUUCCGUGGGCAGAUACCUCAACUAGAAGACGAUCCUGGCAAAGUCAGGACAGGUGGCAACUCUAGCUUUAAAUUGGACAAUCUGAAUUUGAUCCAAUUGGGUUAUACUUUUGCAUUUUUAUAUCGAUUUGAUUUUCUUUGAUUUGGUUUGUACCUGGUUU